AUGGAGAACGGCGCUAUCUCCCAGGGUGAGGGAAAAGACCCUUCAAGCUUCCUCAGUGACAUCAUCGGCAAUCCUGUUACUGUCAAGCUCAACUCUGGCGUUGUUUACAAGGGCGAACUUCAAUCUGUGGAUGGCUACAUGAACAUUGCCCUGGAAAAGACAGCCGAGUAUGUCAAUGGUCAGAAGCGUAGGGAAUACGGUGAUGCCUUUGUGAGAGGAAACAAUGGUGAGUGCCGCUCUGUUAUGGGCAUAAAUCUUGCUAAUCGGCGCUGA